AUGAACAGACCAAACUCUGUUAGGUAUUCCCAAGUACAAAAGGUAUUUAUGGAUCCAAGAAAGCAACAGAAACAGCUAAAGCACUGGGUGGUCAAAAAAAAAAAAUUUGCAAACCCUAAGUUGGAUUCGAAAUAUGAAUGGAUGUAUGAUGAUACAGCAGCCCAAGCAGCGAAGAACAUACAAACCAAAGCAAUAAUAUUCAAAAUGAAUGAUGCAGUUUCCACAAACCACAAAGGCACAGUCCAGACAGCACAAUAA